GUGUAUUUCUUCGCCCAGGAAAACCCAACUUCAAAUAGCCUUAGAGUGCAGAUGAAGAAAGAAGGUGAACAGAUGGGCUCAUACUUUGGUGCUGCGGUGCUGGCGCUUGACUUAAACAACGACAGCUACUCCGACUUGAUUGUUGGUGCUCCUUUCUACUCUGUUAAAGAAACUACCGGGGAUGAGGGAAAGGCAUACAUCUACAUUAGCAAUGGAGCAAGUCUGUCCCUACAAUCUAGGCCAUCUCAUGGGUUCAUCUGUGCCUGGAGCUCGAUUUGGUACUACUAUUGUCAACAUUGGUGACCUCAACUUGGAUGGAUACCCAGAUGUAGCUAUCGGUGCUCCCUAUGAAAAUGGCUAUGGUGCUGUGUACAUCUACAACGGCGGGAAGUAUGGUCUAAAAACGACCUUUAGUCAGCGCAUUGAAGCCAAGUUGCAGAGAUAUUUACCGCAGGGUUUUGGCAUCAGCAUUUCCAAGGCAUUGGAUAUUGAUAACAACAAGUACCCAGAUAUCAUGAUAGGAGCUUAUGAGUCAGACUCGGCUUACCUCUUUAGGGCUUCUCCUGUUGCAUAUGCAAAGGCCUGGAUUGAAAUUCCCAUAGAGCGCAUGUCCAACAACACCCCAAAAUGCAGCAGGAACAACGUUUACUAUUACUGCCUUACAGUGUUAGCGUGCAUCUCCUACACUGGAAAAUUCAUCCCUGAGGAACUAGGGUUUUCCUACGAGUUGGAAAUUGACAGCACUAGGGCAGAGACGCAGUCACCCAGGGGCGGCUUUGAGCAGCCUAAUGGAAUAAUUGCCGCAAGUAUCUCCGUUGAAAAGACUCUUCAAAUAGGUGUCGAAAACUGCUUCUCAGAGACAGCCCUGAUAGACGGAAAUGUCACUGAUUUAGUGACUCCGUUCGAGUUUCGUUUGUCAUUCAACUUGACGAACGAUCUGAAGAGGGACAAGCGGGAGAGCUUUUGUGAUGUUUGUCCUGUCUUGGACCCAAGUACGGUUCAAGUGGUCACUAAUAGAACUGCUUUCCAAGUGGCAUGUGGCCCGGACAACGUGUGCAAUGCGGACUUGGAACUGAAGGCUAGCAUUGAAGGGCACGAGAACAACUCACCGCUGGUCGUAGGCAGAGACAACUCAGUGUCGCUGAACAUCAUCGUGAAAAAUCGCGAGGCUGAGCCUGCCUACCUUGCUGAAGUUGAGAUUAACCUACCUGAAAAUGUGGACAUUGUAAACAGCGGCAGUUGUGUGAAAAAGAACAGCUCGACCCUAGUGUGUGACGUCGGAAAUCCUUUGAACAGUAAUGCGGAGACGCAAUUUGCUGUGAAGCUGGGCCUUAUGAAGCUCAAAAAGAAACUUGAAAUUAAAGUCUCUGCAAGAACGCUUAGUUUGGAUGUUGACCGGAGCAACGAUCAUGUUCUUAUUGCCUUGCCACUUAUCCACCGUGGUGACAUUGCGCUUCAAGGGUCUGCUUCUGUAAGCCAGCUAAUCUACAACAAGUCUACGGAUAUCGUUCCUGUGGUUCACACCUUUACGAUGGUUAAGUACUAUGACAGCCCAAUUAACAAAGUUGCUAUUACAAUAUCUGUACCGCUCAGGAUUGUAGGGCAUGGCGCCAAUUUUAUGACCCUUCUGAGUGUGACGGCUGAUGACGGGAGUCGAACUAAAGUUGGUGGCAGCUGUAACAGCUCAGUGGCAAGCCUACGCAAGCGCUCUUCAUCCACCACAGAGCCACCUACCACAAGGCAGCGCAGGGAAGCAAAGCCGCUUGCAAUUCUAGAGAGUCACUUUCCUGUGGCUCAAAUCAAGACACUGACACUGGACUGCUCGGGUGCCGAGUGCAAGAGCUUCACCUGCCAGAUGGGCCCAUUCACUGACAAGAACAAGGUGGCUAAAAUUGAACUGAACAUGAUCAUAAAUGUCACCCGAAUUAUGGAGCAGGUGGGAAUUCCAGACACCGUAGACAUUAUCUCAGAUGGUUCCCUCACCAUCUUGGAUGAUACAGAGUUUACACACUAUGUCAAGCAGCAACCCAAGCAAGCAAUGAUUGUCACCUCACUCGUCAAAGAAGGCCCACCUGCAACGCCCUCCUUGGCUUGGUGGAUCUACCUUCUCAUAGUGCUGGGAGGCUUGCUUCUGCUCUUGGUCAUCAUUUAUGUUCUUUACAAGUGUGGCUUCUUCAGGAGAGAAGCCAAAGAAGAAUUGGAACGCUCAAAACGGGAGUCCUUAGCAGCUAGCAGCGCACCACAUUCACCCACAACAGAGGCUCUGCCCAGCAUUCCUUCAGACGAUCCCGAAGCCCGGACAAGCCUCCUCAGCUCGGAAAACAACCCCUGAGGCGAGCCCAGCUGGUGGUCUGCCAAUCCUAAGCAUGCUCAAGCAUUGCAUUUGUGCUAGUCACAUUGUCGUCAUGUUGCCUGGGGCACUUCACCUGUGGUAUCUCGCUAUGUUGUCUGCCUUCUAAUGCACUGUUCUGUGCUCUGCAUUGACAUAUUGCUCUUAGCACACAGUACAAGCUUGUUUUGAGAUCUUAGACAACGCUGACAAUCUACAUUAAAUUAGGACCGUUAGAAGUUAGAGCAGUAGGAGAGUUCUUCUGACAUUCCAGUUUGUCGUACAUGGUUUUCUUGGGGAAUAUUUUCAUAGGUUGUGUAAGACAGAUGAUGGUGUAAAAUUUGUGACAGGGGAGUAAGGGUACAACGCUAAAGCACAAAUGGCAAUGUUUGGAACAACUUCUUACAUUUUGUGUUGGUGCUGUUUGAUACCCGCCAUUUCGCAUGAAAUAACAGCUGUGGAGUGCUCCAGAGUAUUUGAAACACUGCCAGGUGCUCCUAUUGUCACUUCUUUAUAAUGACAACUGCCUGAAUAUAUAGCAUCUAGAGAGAGGCCUUUAGGUAUCGAAUGGCAACGUAAUUGGAGCAAUCAAAGAGAAAACUUGAUUAGGAUGGCUCAGGGCAUUUCAAUAUUUUAUGGCCCAUUUUAUGGAUAAAUCAUGUAAUAUGUGUCAAGGUAUCCAUUUUAUCAGGCCUUUAUGAAGAGGCAGAAAUUCAAACCAGAGCAUAGGUGCACUGCUGGUCUGUGCAUACAUUUAACCCUUGCUUGUAGAAUAGCUGAACAAAAGCUUUUGAGCUGUCUGAUGCCUUAAACCUGCACUGAGUAUCUGCCACCCAUCCAUAGUUGCUACAGUUGCUAAUGCAAUGAAGCUUAACUUUCGUAGGUGAACACGGAUGCAACAAAGUACUUUAUGCACAUAGCCACUUGCGGUCACAGAUAUAUAUCAAGACAUGGUUUACGUAUUACAUUGUAUUGCUUGGUUUUGCAGGGAUCACACUGUGGUAGCAUUUCUAAACACGAAGUCAUUUCUAGUUCUGUGGGAAAUAAGGUAAUGUUGUUGUAUGUAGUAGUUGUUUCCACUGUUCCAUGGGGACAUCUUUGUUUUGUUUCAGUGACAAAACUACUUCACUAUGUUUAUUUACAGUGCAUGGUGUAAAUAGUGUACGGAUACAGAAAGUGCCAAGUCCAGUUGUAUUCGGUCUAGCAUGACUGUGUCUGAGGCUUUUGAUCAGCAUCGUUUUGAAUAGAGGCACACCUGUGUUGCAUCCUUGAUUAGCAUAGUUUCAUGAUGUGGAUACUUCUUCAAUUGUUCCUUGAAGAAUCAAGUCUAUCACUGCCAACAGUGAACUGAAGUCUUUGACACAUGCGCAACUAUAGCUGAUUGCUAGAACAAGGUUGUGUAUGGUUGUACUGGUGUCUGUGGUGAUGUGAUGAUAUCCUGUGAUCUCUACUUAAAUAGCUGAUGCCACAAUUGUGCCUUAUAGAAAAUUUCUUGAUGAGUGCAUGUGCUAGAGGUGCUGGCUGUAUUGAGACCUGGGCUGGAAUGUUUUUUAACAGUUCUGUUUCACAAAUUGCAGGGUUGAUUAUUUUGUUUUCUGCUGUUGAGCUGCUGUUGUAUGCGUGCAUGCAGGACUGUAAACAUAGAAACCACUUGUCAUGGCUAAUUAGAAUGAAAAUUGGUGUUUCCUCAGAAGAAAUAUGUUAUUCCAGCCCUAGUCCUUUCAUUAUGUUUUUUUUUUUCUUUUUUAGUUUGACUUGCAGAAUAACUUUUGCAUACAGCACCUAAAUUUUUUUACUCAUAUUGUAUAGAUUAUAUUUAUCAUGAAAAUUAUGAUACUGCUGCUUAAAAACACUUUGUUAAUACAUGGCAGUUGUGUAAAGGGAUCUUCUAUAUUCUCCUAAUGCGGCAAGCAUACUUUGAGCUGCUGUGUUCUUGUGUCCUUCUCUUGUUGCUGCGAGUUAAGUUCCUUGAGAAAGGCACCACGCUUUGGCUUUUGCUGAAACUUUGUGUGAAUGAUAUUAUUAUUCACUAUUGUGUCCUUCUACACUUAAGCGGAUAAGAAUGUAUAUAGAUGUUGUAGGAGAAACUGGUGUAUAGAUUACAAAAUUAAACAAAACCUGAUAGGUGACUUUCAAAACCAUAGCCAUGUUGAUACACUCUUGACAUUUUGAGAGAUAGGGUUGAUACAAAAGAAUUGCUAGGAAGUUAUUUAAAACUUCCUAGCAAUUAAGUGUUAGUCAGCAAUAAAGUGCUAACUUAGGUUGGUUGGUACAUGUAUCAAAACAUGAGUAACAGCGCAAGACAUAGCACAUAGAAUGGAGACAGCACAUUUUCCAUCUCCUUCUUAUGUCCUAUGUCUUGUGCUGUUACUUGUUUUUUAUAUGUAAGUUGUGGUUGCUAUUGUUAUAGUAGAAAGUAAGGAUCGUAUUAAAGGCAAGAAAGACACGACCUAUGUUCUCGUGGUAUCCACAGUCUGAUAAGUUCAACCGUGGUGCCUCUUACAGCAGAAUUGCGUUCAUUUAAGUUGGUGCAAGUUUUUCUCUUAAUUUCAUUCCACUGCGAUACUCGUUGCAACUUCCUUAUUCCACAAUGUCUCAUGCCGACUGCUUUUAUCUUUGGCUUUCUGAUGGCUUUUCAGAGUAUGAGCACGUUCAAUAAGUUUUAGGAUCAAAUAGAUGUCAAAUCUGCGGCCAUAUUUUGGGGUUGUUUUUUGGGGGGGAUAGUAUCACUUUCAAUGUAUUCUACAUCAUUAAAACAAUGGGCAUUCUGCCAUGUGGCAUAACUGAUUAUAAUCAGUUAAUUGUGCCAUAGGGCAGAAUGCCCGUUGCUCUAUUGAAAUGUUGAGCCAGGUACUACGUCCCACAAAAGUGAAAGUAUCUUUGAAAGCAAUCACUUGAUAAUGCGGCCCUUCACACAUCAAUGUAAUGUUUUACAUUACAUUUCUGCCUGUACAUAACUGUCUACACAUGCAAUUCUGUGUGCUUGUACGUGUCGCUCAUUUAAAAGCUGACAAUCUUCCACCAUUGUGAGAGGCUUAGCAGGGAGAAGGCUGCUUGUGUAAUACAUUUUUUUUUGUAAGGAUGACAGCAUGUAUUUGGGAAGCAGUUAUGAGUACAGUUGUCAUUGAAAGUUUUAAGGACCGUGAAAUCAGAGGAAAUGUUUUAAUUCCUGAGCAGUUUCUGACCGUUGCCAGUGAAACCAUAGGACUCUGUGUUGUUAAGAACAUAUUAUGGGCUAGAAGUGUAAUAGCAGGAUGCAUGCGCAGGCUGCGGAAAUCAUCAUCAUUAUCAUCAGCCUAUAUUUAUGUCCACUGCAAGACGAAGGCCUCUCCCUGGAUCUCCAAUUACCCGUCUUGCGCUAGCUGAUUCCAACUUGCGCCUGCAAAUUUCGUAACUUCAUCACCCCACCUAGUUUUCUGCCCUCCUCGACUGCGCUUUCGUUCUCUUGGUAUCCAUUCUGUAACUCUAGUGGUCGGUCCACUGGUCGGUGUAAUGUAGAGGUCCGCACAAAGACCAUUGGAAUGAAAAAUGUUAGUCCUGACAUUAAGAGACGGGAAGAGAGUGGUGUGGAUCAGAGAGCAAACGGGGAUAGCAGAUAUUCUAAUUGACAUUAAGAGGAAAAUGGAGCUGGGCAGGCUGCAGAAAUAUUAAGCUUUUUCCCAGAUUUCGUGAUCCAUAAACAUUUUAUACAAACGGUAUGUCUGAUUGAUAAUGUUACUAUGGCAGUGGUAAUCGUGGUCUGAUGCUGAACACUGUUGAUUUACUGUAGCAAAGAGUGGUGGCGUGAGAAAUAGGCUGUAUUAAAGACAUAGCCAGAGAAGAAAACGUGUGAAGUUGCGGACCGGCAACUCUGAAGAUUGCCUUAUUAAAAAGCAGCUUAUGUGCCCUACAAAACUCAUACACACUGGUGCCAUAAGAUCAUUUUCGAUUUUAUAUAAAUGCUUGUAUAUUCUCCCAUGCAGUCAUAAAGGAUUGUUAGAUGUCUAACUUAUGGGGUGUGAGUUUUUUCAGUGAGGUGUCAGGACUAUGGGCAAAUCUCGGGCAUACGUAAAAGCAAUCCAAGGUUGUAAAAGUUGAGUGAAAGACAGUCAGAAGCAAAGAACGGUAACUGAAGGCAUUGUGGCAAGGUGCACAAAGUUGCCACACGCCAUCAGGUAUUCCCAUUCUAUUCUGCCACAUGUAAGUGCAAGGAAUAUUUAUUUCUUUACAACAGUUGUGAAUAAUAAUGUGCACCAAGAAUGGGCUCCAUUUCUGCAGCAACGGUAUUCAGUCAAGAAUUAGUAAUCAAAUGUUACUUAUGUGGACUUUACCUCACUGUCAUGUGAAUCCAUGUGCUACAUCUGGUAGUUGUAUCAACAUGGCUCUGUUGGUAUUAAACUUCACCUCAUGUUUUAUCAUUUUAAAAUAUUGCAAUUUCUCUAAUGCUACACGCCUUUUUGGUUGUACUUCUGUGUAGUUUGAAUAGUUGUUUUUAUAACAUUUUUAGGUGUUUAGCUAGUUUUCGAGGCAGAUGCCCAAGUCUUAUCUUAUGUUUCACAUCUUCAGGGAUCAAGUGGCAUAGCUUAGAAGAUUUUUGAGACUAAUAUUAUAUUUCUUUUCCUUGUUAUAAUAGGUCAUGUACUAGAUUUAUUGCUGUCUGCAUUUUUGUGAUUGCUGUUUUUUCUAAUUUUGGGCAAGGGUCUAGUAUAUCACUGAUUAUAUCUAGCAUCAUGUAAUCAUGCAUGUACACAAAGCCAUGCAUGCAGCCAUUGUGCUGCUGAGUUAUGACUUAAAAUUCAUGGAUCAUAUUAUGUGGGGACAAAUGUACAGGGUGAUUGAUCAUCUGUUAUUUAUGACAGUUCAUACGAUUGUCAGUGUGUUCCUUGUGUUCAUUGCUCAUUGUGUAUUGAUUUCAUUCUCAUUGCAGCCAAAAUAUAUUGCCUUGUAGUCGAGUGCUGUAUCAGUCUUCUUAAUUUCGCCAUCAUGCAUAGAUUUCAUGUAGCAAAGUUCAACAUGAAAAUAUUGCCUGUUAGGUCUUUCUACAAUGCUGUUAUAUUCACACAUCUUUUUGUAGGAGUAUUAAAGAGCCAGAAUAAAGUCUACUGUUUUAUUAAGAAA